GGGCGCGCGUGCGCAAGGGGUCCGGCGGCGGCACGCUGCGUCGUUAUUUUCGAACAUUAGGCGCGCGAGUGCUUUGCGAGCCGGCGCUGUCUCUGUGCGUUGUCUCUGUGUGCAUAGUGGGGUUGCGCCCAAGUGGGUCUUUGGGCCCAGCCAUGACGCAGCAGCUCGCCCGGGAGCAGGGCAUCACCUUGCGCGGCAGCGCCGAGAUCGUGGCCGAGUUCUUUUCAUUUGGCAUCAAUAGCAUUUUAUAUCAGCGUGGUAUAUAUCCAUCUGAGACUUUUACUCGAGUGCAGAAAUACGGACUCACUUUGCUUGUAACUACUGAUCCUGAGCUCAUAAAAUACCUCAAUAAUGUGGUGGAACAACUGAAAGAUUGGCUAUACAAGUGUUCAGUUCAGAAACUUGUGGUAGUCAUCUCAAAUAUUGAAAGUGGUGAAGUCCUUGAAAGAUGGCAGUUUGAUAUUGAGUGUGACAAGACUGCAAAAGAUGACGUUGCUCCCAGAGAAAAGUCUCAGAAAGCUAUCCAAGAUGAAAUCCGUUCCGUGAUCAGACAGAUCACAGCCACAGUGACAUUUCUUCCAUUAUUAGAAGUCGCUUGUUCUUUUGACCUCCUGAUCUAUACAGACAAAGAUUUGGUUGUACCUGAAAAAUGGGAAGAGUCGGGACCACAGUUCAUCACCAAUUCUGAGGAAGUCCGUCUUCGUUCAUUUACUACCACAAUCCACAAAGUAAAUAGCAUGGUGGCCUACAAAAUUCCCGUCAAUGACUGAGAACGAGAUUAGGAAAGUAAUGUAAUGGAAAAAAAUCUUCAAAUGUGGUUUUCCUGAAACCUAGUCUGCUAUGGUUGAUGAUUUAUUUCAUCGAUUAAUUUGUAGAUGGGAAAAACCAACCUACUUUAAUGAACUGUGUGUAAUUGCUCCAUUUUGGGAAUGCCUGUUCAACUUUCGGUAGGGCUAACAUAAUGGACGCUCUACACAUUGUUCACGAGGAACCAGCAGAUUUUAUCACCAUUGUAGAGGGGAUUCCUUUGGAGGUGGUAAUUUUAGAUGGAAAAUCUUUUGCAAUAAAGCAACUUAGCUAACUCAUUUUAGCCAGACAAGCUGGAUAGAGAGACAUCUGAAUAUACAACAAGCAAACUCUGAAAAUUUAGAACUUUGGUUUGGAUCCUGAAAGUAAUGAAGUAUUGCUUUCAUGGGACUUUUUGUCUUUUUAUUGUAUAGUUCCAAGAUUAAAAAAAAUUGUAUUAUUUGAUUUGAAUGUAUAUAACUUAAACCCAUAAAGCAAUGGAUGUUUGUAUUAAGUCCUGUAUUAUAAAACUCUUAAAUUUUUUAAAUGUAUUUUAAAAUCAAGCUUUCAAUGACAGUGAUGAAAUAAAGUUGUAUCUUUUAUGCUUUAAA